CGCCGAACACGUGAAGCGCGCAAAUUGGAUGAGAAACUUCGCGGGUUUCGUUGUAUUUUCGGAUGUUUCGUGGACUUAACUUCUUGUUAUGGCCUAGAUUUUCCGAGAAACCUAGCGAAGCAGUGCCAAACUAGCAAGACGCCCGCUGUCCGGGACGCACGAAGAUGGACCGUUCAUCAGUGCUGUCGAUCUCAUCGAAUAACCCUAUGUCGCCUAGUUGUUUGAAAAUUGUUAAGGCUUCUCCUGAAGAUCGAGAUGUUCGAGUUAUUUCGUCGAGGAUGGGUAUGUCGGUCGCUGAAUUUAUGGACGUCCUUGGUUGUACUUCAAGUGCAGCCGAACGAAGCAACUGUGAUUCAGGUGGAUUCGUGUGGCCUAAACACACUGAGCUAGAGGUGAGAGACCCGUGGUCUGGAGUUUACCAGUACGAACCAUCCGACGUCAGCUGGUGUAUUCGUUUCAAAGCUCUAGGAUGUUAUAAUUAUGUUCCUCCACCUUUCACAGAUCGUUCAUACAAAGUACCGACAACGCCUCAGCUGGUCCCUGACAACAAAGAGGUCAUAAAAAAUGAUCAAGCUUCACCUAACAGUGCAGGGUUCCAAACGCUACUGAAAAUGCGCCCACCAGCAGAGAAGUCUGAAGUCUUACCUCCCGAAACUAUCACUCCAGCUGAACGUCACAAGCUGUGGGAGGAUCUACUUCUUUCUGACAGUGAUGAAGACAAUAACGAGAAAUCAAGAUCACCAACUGCUGUUAAGACUACUAUCUUUGAAACCCCAGCUGUGAAUGAAGAAUUGUUGGAAAAAGCAAACAGUAUGUGCGCUGCAACGAAACUUGAGCUUCUCAAUCAUGCUUUACGACCUCCACCUCCUUUUGUUAGUCCAUUAUCUAUCAUAAAUGAUGAAGGUUCAGGGACUGAAUCUCUUGCUCCAAGUCCUCACAACGACCAGGUGUUAUGUUCACAAAUAAAUCAACAAGAACGGUUUAAUGACUCUCGGAACGUUCCAGAAGUACAUAACGAACCAUCAGUGAACAAAUCGUCAUUGGCGGCAUCUGUAUCGUCUCCUCGUGAAUCUGAAAUCUUCAAUGCAGAAAAUAUAUCAUGUAAACGUCUUUCAGCAACGGUUGUAACCUCCGACAAGUUGCCCACCUCAGCUCAAACCACAGUUGUCAGUGAUAUAACCAACAUUCCGAGCAAAUUACCGACAACUGCAAGCACUAUACCCCCUAAGACGAUAUCACCAGCAAUGCCUAAACCAGUCAUAGUGUCAAGUGAUAAAUCCACCAAAAGUGAAGUUGUACAUAAACCUUCUAAUGAUAUGAUCACGUCUACAGGAAAGGAGCUUUACAGUCAACAUUGUAAAACUCCUGAAGCUAGAAAAAGCUUUAUUCAACGUUUACUUUUAGAAUCCAAAGAGUUUUUGUCACAGAAAGAUUCUCUAUUUGUAGAGCUUAGUCCAAUUCACAAUAAGCAUCAACAGAAUGUUGUCAGUUCGCCGAAAAUAUUACCGCAUUCAGAGUCAGGGAGAACAGCAUUUAUUGAACAGAAAUCGGCGGAAAAGGCAUUCGAUGCAACUGAUACCAGUAAAACUCCUUUGAAUCAUAUGAACGUAACAAGCAAUUCUUACAAAUCAUCACUUCAAGAAGGUGUUCAGCAGUUAGAUUCUGUUGUCGGGCAAUGCAAAAUUACCAGUCAACAGUUAUCAUCUCAUCAUCAUGAUAAACGAAAAGAUAGUGUAGAAGUGAAUGACAUUACUAAUCCUAAGCUUUCUAAACUAAAUUCUUCUUCGUCUGUUUCUCAGGGAACACCGAAACCAUCACCUGUAAAGAGUGAUAGUCGUCCUUCAAGCCUUUCCAAGCUCACUAACGAUGAGCUUUUACGUGCUGUCAACUUAAAUCUUGGAUUGCAUAAGCCUGACAUUGAAUCAGAGAAACUGGAUAAACUGGAAGUUGACGAAAUCAAUGAGUCCAAGGCAAGUGUUAGUGGUAUACAGACUCCGGUUACAAAUCCGGAUAGUUGUCAUAGCAAUGCAAGCAGUGUGAAUAACAUGCCGCCACCGACUCAUGAUUCUACUGGUAAAAAGCUGAAAAAGCGGUCCAAAUUUAGCACAGAAUUAACUUCAGACACAAUUUGUCAAUCACCUGCCAUCUCUGAACCAUCACAAGAAAAUGUCGAUGAUAAAGAAGAAGAAGGAGAUUCUACUUUUGUAGCUGAAAGCAAUCAAGACACUGCAGGCAUUUAUCCUCUUCGUGACAUUCCAUCCGAUUGUUGGGUAUUCUCCGACUUAACUGUAACCAAAGUUCGAAAUGCAAUACAACAAUCUUUUCCUCAUCAUGUAUUGAAUUCAUCAGGUACAACAAAGGAUAGUGAUGAUGCUCCAACUGACCUGACAUCAUCAGAGGAUUUAAUUAAGAAAAUGAGAGAUAUUCUACGCAGCGCCAUUGAAAGUGACAGUCCAAUCAAUUCAAAGGCUAUUUCAAAUAGACGUAAUCGGCCAAGAUCCCUUACAGGGAUACUGUUAGUUCCACCUUCUGGUUCACCUAGCCCAUCAUCACCUGAAACAAAACUAUCAUCGCAUCAGUCCAUCGAUAUACCUCAAAAAAGUUACUGUGAAAUUUUCACUAUGACAUCACCCUACUGUCAUCCGACUAUUCCAUCAGCUGAUGCAGAUAUCCAAUGUGAUAUAUGGCCCAGUAACAGUAGUAGUAAUAGUAACAAUCUGUCUACUCGAUUCGCUUCACAGUGUUCCUCUGGUAUUGUUAGCACGCCUACACAAAAACCUUUAGGCACUGUACCACCGAUUCUACGUGAUCCUACCUCAGAUCUGACAACAUUAUCAUCGAGCACAACUCAAAGCUUGCCUCAUUCAACGCCUAGUAUAAAUCUUGUCGACAGUUUAUGCUUUAUUGAAGAACAAUUCGGUAGAAUUAUGAAACAGGAGGAUGAAAAAUUGCAAAACAGUAAUGCUUCAACUGAAAUAUUCAAAGCAGAAGAAUGCAAAUUCGAAGCAUCUAGAUGUUGGAAGUCAUUAGUCAGUGCUAUAUCUUCUACCUCUCGUGGUAAUAAUUCCAGCGAAUCAUCGAAUCGUUCUCAGAUGCUACUCACCUUACAAGCACUUCAUGAAUAUCCUGUACAAAUGACUAAAUCUGUAAGGCAUUAUCUAGCCGCUGCGCAUAUUUUUGAAUCAAAAAAUGAAACGAACAGAGCUAUUGGUAUGCUUACUGAAGCAACUGAGCAAAUUCAGCAUUGUGUACGUCGAAUGCAUCGUGUUGAAGCCAAGCUGACAAAACGUCGAAAUCAUCGUAAUGAAUCAGGAAAUUCACCUGAUAAUAAUAAUAAUAAUAAUAAUAUGAAUGAAUUAGCAUUAAAAGUUAAACGGGAUGCUAGUUGGAUGUACUUAUGGUAUUAUGUUUUAAUGAGAAUUAAAGCUGUUGUCGGAUUUCAUAUAUAUCGUUUAAGAUUACAAUCUAUUGAAUCAUUACAUGAAGAGAUUGAUGCAAGCAUUUCAGCUGUACAACAUACCAUUCCUAGUUUAAAGGAAAUUAUUAACAUUCCUAAAAGUUUGGACAGUCCAUCAUCAUCAUCAUUAUCGAAACCAGCGUCGAGUAAAUCUCAAGUUCCAUCUAAUCCAUCUUCUGAAAGUGAUUCAAAGAAAGUCCUGGAAUCCCUGGUUGGUCAAUUUGUUCGUCUUAAUCAGUUAACAGCCUGUGUGCGUAGUGCAAUGGUUGAAUGGCAACAAGCCAAUGAAUUAGCCACAAAAGUUCCACACUUAAAAUCUUCGGCAUUAAUUAUUCCAUCUACUGGACGCAAACCCGAUGGUAGUUCAGCAGAUAACCCAUCAUCAUCAUCCUCAUCGUCUUCAGGGCAUCAUCUAAGGCUAACUCACUCUAUUGAUAUUGACAUUGCAAAUGCUUCAGAUGGAGCGCAUAUAAAUACUUCACAAAUUCCACUCCUAAUUUUAUUACGUUACAUGGAUGGCAUAUUCCAUGUUCAUUCACAAAUAAUUGAUCAGUUAAAAUGUCCUAAUGAACGACAAGAGACAGGUCAAUCAAAUAUUAUUUCUACAAAAUACAAUUCAUCAAAUGAAUUACGUAAUUCCAGUAUAGUUUCACAGGAACAGAAAAUCAUUACUUCUUUGUCUACAAUGGCAAACAAUCCUAUUACUUCUUCUUCGUCUUCUUCUCUUGGUGGUACUACACAAAGUUUGUCGACAGUGACUACUACUAAACUGUCAAAUAAAGAAGAAUCAACUCACUCGAAAGUAAUCACCAGUAGUACCCCGUCAACUGUUUUCAAUACAGGAUCGAAUAUGAUUUUCCAGACUGAAGCAACUCCUCCUCUUCCUACUACUACAACUACUAAUGUUGUUAAAGAACAAUCAUCAAAGAAAAAGUCGCAUAGAAAACAUUCUGAUAUCACCGCCCUACCAAAUACCAUGACUUCAUCCGCAACAAAGUUAUCUCCAUACCAGAAUUCUAAUCCCCUAGAUGACAAUUGUUCUGAUACCUCUGCACCGUCAUCUAAGCAUGAAAAGCCCAGUGUGCCUAAGCAUAAAUCGAAAAGACGACGUUUAGUCCAGUUGGAUACUUCUGUAAAUACUUCUUCUUCAGAUAACAGUGAUGAUACAGAUAUGGAGAAUUGUGAGACGGCGGCAGCCGUGGCAGCAGCACCACCACCCAGUGUUGUCAAUAAUAAAUAUAAACAAUCCCCUGUGAAAAAACGGCAUAAAUCUAGACUACUAGAAACUGAUACAGAACAAGAAUUCGUUAACCAUCGAAAAAAGAUUGAUCGUAUCGACAAUUCUAGUUCUCAGGAGAAUAGACAUUCCCUAUCGAUAAAAAAGUCAUCGAAACGAUCUCAUCAUAUGCCUGCAGGACAACAACAGCAACAACAACAGCAUUCAAAUCUUCAAGGAAGAGAUGGAAAUUCCCAUUCAGAGAAUAGAAUUAUCGCUUCAGAUGAUGACCAGUCGCCGAAUGCUUCGCCGCCUCCAUCGAGAAAAUUUUGUCGUAGUAAAAGUUUAGCACCGAUUACAUCAAGAUCAUCAUCACCUAAGUGUCAUGUUAAUUCGGUAACAAGUGUACAGAGCUCACAGUAUCCUGUUGUGCCAAGUGAAGAUAACACUUAUGAACCGAAAAGAAUUAAAUCUACAAGUACAAAAGUUCAUCAUCAUAUCAUCGACGUAUUCCGAAUUCUGAGUCAUCUGAUGAUUCAAGAUCAUCAUCCUCGCCAACACCAACUUAUCGACCAUCAAUCCCUUUGAAUUCACCAGAUAAUGAUAAUGAUAUUUCUAGACGUCGACGAUCAAGAUCAGUACAUUUGUCAUCAUCAUCAUCAUCUAAGCAUAAAGAUGCCUCGCCUAUGAAAACGCCUAAAACUCCUCAUGACGAAUUGUCACACGAUUCCAUUGGUUAUAGUCCAACGAAAGGGAGUUUUCUUAAUGGAAUAUCUUCAGAUACAAAUAAUUUACCUGUAUAUUAUGUUUCACAAAUUCCUUCAAGUCCACAACAACAACCACCACCAUCUAAAUCUCAACAUUCGAACAGAUCUGUUACCAAUACUAAUAUUAGUAAUAGUCAUAAUAAUAAUAAUAACAGCCAUAAUGAUUUAUAUCGAUCGAAAAGUUCUCAUCGGUCUGAAGUGCCAUCAUUUUAUGCCCGUUGGAUUAAAGAGCCGUCAAAUAGCAAUGCAGCAGAUCAUCAUCGCUUUUCUAGUUCAUCAAUUAAUAGUAGUAAUGGGAAUAGCAGUAAUAACGUUAGAAGACAUCGUUCCCAAUGGUAACUGGUCGGUGCGUCUGUAUGUAUGCAUGUUAAAAGCAAUUAUUAUUAUUGUGCUUUUCUUCUAAUUUUAACCUAAAAGAAGAAGGGGUGGGGUAUACAUCACCAUUUUUACCUUUUAUUUUUCAUUGUAUUAAAUAAACUUUAAGAUUAUUUCUGUCUUUCAAAAAUGCAAAGAAAACAUUACAUUUGUCGAAUAUAUAAUAUAUUUAUAUAUAUAUUUGUGAAUUGUACUCAGUGAUAAAUGUGUAUUUUUGCAAUGUAUCUUCAGUGUUCCUCUCCUCUCCCUUUUUUACGGAUGUUAUUUUUUUUGAUAAUUUGAAUAACCCAGGGGAUGCGAUGCGUGGGUGGGUGUUUGAUAGAGGUAUUGUGUGCGUGUGUGUGCCUCUGCUACACUCUCCUCUGAUGUGUGUACUCAUGUCAACUACUCCUACCAUUAAUUCUUUCUCUAUGGUGUGUACCUUUUUAUUUCCCAACCCGAUUCAAAGCAAUCCGCUCCCUCUCUCCCAUGCACACACAGCAGUUGUACCUCAUAGAUCAACGGCCGCGGACGCUGGGGGUGUGUGCGUGUGGUGGCGAGAGUGUAUUAUUAAUUUUGUGUAUCACACACAUACACACUUAUUUCCGCAUUUGAUGAUUUGGAAUAUGGUAAUCUAUGUAUUAUUAUUAUUAUUAUUAUCUAUUAUUAUUGUUACUCUUAAUUUUAUUUGGUACUUAUGCACUUUCCCACGCCACCCCACCCCCGCACAAAUGGAGAUGUGUUGGGGUGGGUGGGUGGCGGGGGUUGUGGAGAAUCGACGAUAUUAUUGUAUUGCCUUAACUCUCUACUUUCUUAUCUUCUAUCUCAAUGGCUCACUGCCUCACUAAGUUGCCUUAUUACUUUCUUCUGGUGUCUGAGAUUUUUUAAAAACCCUGUAUAAAUACUUAUUCCUUUCUGUACACAGUUAUUUCCUAUCUCUUUUGGUGUGCGUGUGCGUGUGUUUUUUAAAAGCCUUAUUAAUAUGCCAUGAAUGUCAUAUGCAUUAAUUAUUUGAGUAACUAACUAAUUGACUAACUAACUCAGUGAUAAAAUCAGGGGAUUAUUGGUUGCCAUUUUUUUUGUUUUCCUUUUUUGUCACUUUACUUCUUCCUCUCUCUUAUACUUCUUGUCUUUGUCCUUUUCUAGCAAAUAUAUAUGUUGUACAUGCAUUAAUCUAUUAUCCUUCAUUUUCUUUUCUGUAACGAUAAUGAUAAUGACAAUGAUUGACUUCUCUUUCUCUCUCUCCCUUACAAUCUUCUUCUCUUCAUAUAUAUCUAUAAAUCAAGAUUCAACAGAGUAGUACUAUAUAUAUAUACAUACAUA